CUUAGGCAAAGUGAGUGGUGGUGGGGGUGAGGGGUUGUUUGCCAGCUGUCAGGCUGCCGGCCAUGGUUGGGCUGGGCUGUGCCGGGGAUUGAUGGCACUGGCGCUGUGACGGGGCGGCCGCUCCCCUCCCCGUCUGAUUGGGGUUUGUGUGGCCGCUGUCAGUGCUGGGCGGAUCGGAUCGAAGCUCAGCUCAGCCUCCCGUGCUCCGACCGGCCUGUGUGGGAUCGGGGCCGGGAGGGAAGUCCGGGAAGGGGGUAUAAGGAGAGGGAGAAGAUACAGUCAGCGGGAAGGGGAACAAUCAGCGGGAAAGAUACAAAGUAUCGGCCGGGGGAAAGGGAACAAUCAGCGGGAAGGAUACAAUCAGCGGGAAGGAUACAAAGUUUCUGGCGGCAGAAAGGAGCCAUCCAGCCGGCUGCUAGAGCGAAGGAGUCGAGCGGCCGGGUAGAAGAGUGUGGGCCUGCUGGACAACCGCGAGAGUCGGAGCCAGGGCUCCGCCGGCCUCCCGGAGCCGGCCAUGGGGGAGACGAAGAUCAUUUACCACAUCGAUGAGCAGGAGACCCCGUACUUGGUGAAACUGCCUCUGCCAGCGGACAGGGUCACUCUGGCCGACUUCAAACAGGUCCUCAACAAACCCAACUACAAAUUCUUCUUCAAAUCCAUGGACCAGGACUUCGGGGUUGUAAAGGAAGAGAUAUCAGACGACAAUGCCAAGUUGCCAUGCUUCAAUGGUCGAGUUGUGUCAUGGUUGGUGUCUGCAGAAGGUUCUCACUCGGAUACUGGAUCCACGUGUGCAGACAGCCAGUCGGAUUUGCCUCCCCCCAUUGAGCGAACUGGGGGCAUCGGAGAUUCACGACCACCCUCCUUCCAAGUCUCCUUUCCCUCCCCCAUUUCCGAAGAAGGGUCCAGACCCGAUUUUACUGUCUUUCUGUUUAAACUCCAGAUAUUGUACCUUGCUAUAGUUGUGUGCAAGAUUCAUGGAGUGCUGCGCUCACUAAUAUCUCUUCAACAAAGUCUUAAACCAUAA